AUGACGACGGUAACGGCAGUAGCGGCAACAGUAAUCAGUAAUCUUAACAGUUUGGAUGACAUAACUGUAUCAAGCUCAUUUGAUAAAACAGCAACAGUUGUAAUUAUUUGCCUAUUAAUUGGUGUGAUGAUUAUCGCAACAUUGGUUGGUAAUUCAUUGGUAAUUAUGGCUGUCUUAUUAGUACGAAAACUAAAAAUUCAACCAGCAAAUUAUUUGUUUGUUUCAUUAGCGGUUGCCGACUUCUGCGUUGGUUUAUUGGUAAUGCCUAUUGCAUUGAUCGAUUUACUUACUGAUAGUUGGAUUCUUGGUGGAGUGGUGUGCAGAUUUUGGACGUCAGCAGAUUUAACUUUAUGUACAGCUUCCAUAGUAAAUUUAUGCAUGAUAAGUGUCGACCGCUAUUGCGCUGUCAGUCAACCACUACGUUAUGCUGCGCAACGUACUCGGCAGCGAAUAUUCUGUUACGUUAUCAUCGUAUGGAUUUUGUCACUUGUUGUCAGCAUAUCACCACUUGUUAUUUGGCCAGCAAAAAAUACUGAAGGGAAAUGUCAAGUUAAUCAAAAUCCAGUUUAUCAAAUCUAUGCCACGAUGAUUGCAUUUUAUGGCCCAACAUGUAUUAUGAUAAUAUUAUAUGCAAAAAUGUGGUUGGCUGCUACACGAUUAGCUGAACGUGAUCGUAUGUUGACAGUUGGAACAAAUGAAAGUGUUAAUGGUACUAGCUUUGUCAAGUCACAUUGGCCAGCUAGCCUAAGUGAUCGAAGUAAUCGUCAACAAUAUCAUCAAUAUCAUCGUCCCUUAGCCACUUUACAAAAAAUACCAAUGGUGCACACCAAUAAAUUUCACGAAAAAAAUGAAGGAAAAGCACGUAAGACGCUCGGCAUAAUGAUGAGUGUUUUUGUAAUAUGUUGGUUGCCGUUCUUUCUACUGGCACUUCUCAAACCCCAGGGAUUCUUGCCGCCAAGUUGGUUGGAUCAUCUAACACUCUGGCUUGGUUAUUCAAACAGCCUAAUGAAUCCAUUGAUUUAUUGUAAACAUAAUCGUGAGUUUCGUGUACCCAUUCGUGAAAUGCUGUGUUGCCGUUUUCGUACUCUGCAUUCUGUAAUGCGGAAAGAAAGUUUUACAAGCAAAUACGGCCCUUCAAGGUAA